AGUACCACUAUUCUGACACUCUGUAGUUAUUACUACUAUACUACUAUGGUAGUAUGUAGCUUAAGUUGAAACCCCGCCUCUGCUUCCUCUCAGCGAUCCCAUAAUUCAUUGCGUCCCACCGCUCUUUCAAGGGGAUCCUUUGCUAAGGACGCGUUAAAGUUGUAGACCCACCACUGAGUUUUGGUCAAACAUGGCUGAGGUUAUUGAAGAAAAGAUUAAGGGUUACAGAACCGCUCCAUUUGAUGCCCGCUUUCCCAACACCAACCAGACACGAAACUGCUUCCAGAACUACCUUGAUUUUCACAGGUGUAAUAAGGCCCUGUCAGCAAAAGGACAGGACAUCACUCCCUGUGAAUGGUAUCAGAGGGUCUACAAGAGCCUGUGCCCUAUCAGCUGGGUUGAGAAGUGGGAUGGACAAGUUCAGGACGGAAGCUUCCCAGGAAAGAUCUGAACAUCUUGUGCUUUUUUUUUUUUUUAGAUUACCUCACUUACAAACAUGUCAAUUUUGUAUAGCUUGAGUGCAAUAAGAGGUGACCUAGUCAUGAGAUCUUAUGACCGUUGACCCAGACCUUUCAAUGGCUCAUACUGUUCACUUUUGUCACUAUGUCUUAUUCACGCUGGUUACAUAAUAAAGACGCACAAUAUUAA